AUGGAGAACCCAGUGAUGAAGCGGAUUCUAGAGGAGUAUGAUAAGAUUGAAUCCAAUCCCUCCGACGAUUUCAUGUUCCGCAAGCUCGAUUGGGACUCAUAUGAAUGGCAAGGUGCACUCAGAGGCCCUUCUGGAACUGAAUUCGAGGGUGGGAUUUAUCAUGUGCUGCUCCAGUUUCCGAUCGAAUACCCAUGGAAGGAACCCGCAUUCAUCUUUUUGACUGAAAAUGGUUCAUUCAGUAUCGAAACCAAAACCAACGCAAGAUUAAACUGGGACCCAUCAAGGAGGUUGCGACAGGCUUUUCUUCAACUUAUUGAUUUAAUGCCCGACUGCCCAGAUUUUGAAUCGGAUUCAAUAGAACACAAAGAAAAGAGGCGUGAUCUGGCCAGGAAAUCUCGUGCAGCAGCCAGAGAAUAUGGCAAUGGUGAACGUCGGAAGUUAAUUAAUAAGAUUCAUCAACAUAUGCUAAGGGAUGUUCCUCAACUCCAACAGACGAGAAACACUUCCCUGACACAGAGAUGUGAGGAAGAGGUGGUUUUGGAUCGAGUCCGAUCAACGCAGAUGGAAUCAGACCGGAGUGUGAUAGUGGAGGACAAGUGCAACAUAAAGAACUCAUUGGAGAAGCGGAUUCUGGAGGAGUAUAAUGAGAUUGAAUCCAAUCCCUCCUAUGAUUUCACAUGCCUCACACAGUCGUGGAACAAAUAUGAAUGGCAAUAUGCAAUCAGAGGCCCUUGUGAAACUGAAUUUGAGGAUGGGAUUUACCAUGGGAUGGUCCAGUUUUCAGUGGGAUACCCAUCGAUGCCUCCUUCAAUCGUGUUCUUGACAGAAAAUGGUUGUUUCAAAAUCCAAACCAGCGCCAGCUUAAAGCGAUUACCGUACUGGCAGCCAUCAUGUAGUGUGCGAAAUUUUUUAGUUGCAGUUAUUGAGGAAAUGCCUUCCUACUCAAAUGGUGACUUGGUUCCAGUAGAAAACAAUAGGGAAGCAAGGCGGCGUCUGGCCAUCAAUUCUCGUGCAGAAGCCCCAAAAUAUGGCAGUGUUGAACGUCAGAAGUUAAUUGCUGAGAUUCAUGAACAUCUGCUAAUCAAGACAUCUGUUCCAGAACUGAGCCCUGUGACCUCACAGGCCUCCAACGGCACAGGCGGUGGCCUUGUCUUCAAUAUCAACUUCAUUUUUAGGGAUGCAUUCAACGUCAUUUUUGGAAAUACAUUGAAGAGCAUUUGUGGGAAUGCAUUUGGUGGUAGCAAUGCCGAUAAUGUAGGAGUUUCUAAUUCUAUGAAUGAGGCCCCCAACCCCAUGAUAAGAAUACUUUUUUCGGUUCUUAUGUUUUUCUUCAUUAUACUUUUUGGAUUUUGGUCAUACAAAAAAUGA